AUGUCUGUCAACUUGUUCACAAAGUCGGUUGCGGCACCCCUGCGCCGGUGUGUGAGGCCGACGAGAACUUUUACCGCCUCUGUCGCACGCCGGUCCGCGGACGGCAGUGCCUCGGGUGCGAAGACCGCGGCCUCGAGAUGGAAGGGCUCACAGGUCAUGGCCGUAGCCGUUGCUGCUGGUGCUAUAGGAUGGGGCAUCGCGGCCUUUGGUCCUCGUGACUGGCCGGGCAAGCGAGUGAUGCUGUUCGACGGCUCCGCGUCGCGGCCCCGGUAUGCGAGCAUGCAUGAGAUGAAGACGGCCUUGAAGGAGAUCCGCCGCGAGCUGGGGGAGGAGGACAUCAUCUCCACUGACCCAGAGGACCUCCAUGCUCACGGGUACUCGGAAUGGUCGACUGCAAACCCCGAGGGCCUGCCUGUGGCGGUUGCUUACCCGAGGAACACCGAGCAGGUAUCCCUGGUAGCGCGCAUCUGCCACAAGUACCGCAUCCCUAUCAUUCCUUACUCUGGAGGAUCGAGCCUCGAGGGGAACUUCUCGGCGCCUUUCGGAGGCAUCAGUGUUGACUUCGCCUACAUGGACAAGAUCGUCCAGUUCAACAAGGAGGACAUGGAUAUUGUGGUGCAGCCCAGCAUCGGGUGGCAGGACCUCAACGAGCAGCUCGCCAAGAUGGGAAGUGGCCUCUUCUUCCCCAUCGACCCGGGCCCGAGUGCCAAGAUCGGCGGCAUGAUCGGCACCAACUGCUCCGGGACGAAUGCCGUUCGAUAUGGCACCAUGAAAGACUGGGUCAUCAACCUGACUGUCGUGCUUUCUGACGGGACCGUGAUCAAGACUCGGAAGAGGCCGCGCAAGUCGUCCGCGGGCUACAACCUCAACGGGCUGUUUGUGGGCUCCGAAGGCACACUCGGUCUCGUGACUGAAGCAACUCUCAAGCUCACCGUCAUCCCGGAGGACUUCUCGGUGGCGGUGGUCACGUUCCCGACGAUCCGGGACGCGGCCUCGGCGGCCGCCGGCGUGAUGCAGGCGGGCAUCCCCGUGGCCGCGAUGGAGAUCAUGGACGAGGUGCAGAUGAAGGUCGUGAACCUCGGCGGGGCCACGGCGCCGCGCGUGUGGCAGGAGGCGCCGACGCUCUUCUUCAAGUUCUCGGGCACCAAGGCCGGCGUCCGGGAGAACAUCGCGCACGUGCAGAAGAUCACCCAGGCCAACAGGGGCAGCCACUUUGAGUUCGCCAAGGACGCGCGGGAGCAGAAGCUGCUGUGGUCCGCGCGCAAGGAGUCGCUCUGGUCGAUGCUGGCGCUGAGGAGGGACGGCGACGAAGUCUGGAGUACCGAUGUUGCUGUGCCGUUCAGCAGGCUAGCAGACAUCAUCGAGGUCAGCAAGAAGGAGAUGGACGACCUGGGAUUGUUCGCCAGCAUUCUGGGCCACGUAGGCGACGGCAACUUCCACGAGAGCAUCAUGUACAACCGCAAAAACGAAGGGGAGCUGGACAAGGUCGAGACGUGCGUCAAGAACAUGGUGAAGCGGGCGCUCACCAUGGAGGGAACGUGCACCGGAGAGCAUUCCAUCGGCUGGGGCAAGAAGGAGUCGCUCCUCUGGGAGGUUGGUCCGGAUACCUUGGCAGUCAUGAAAGCGAUCAAGGCCGCUCUGGACCCGUACUGGAUUAUGUAG